CGAUAAGGAUAAUUAAUGACUACAGAAAUAAUCUCAAAGAAAAAUAAACAAUUAACGAUUAUUGUCAUCGUGAGAGACUUAUUGUUGAAAAUUUUAAUCUCACUUAUUUUUCAUUAAACUGUUGAAUAUGGAGGAAAAUCAAUCUAAGGUAGUUGUAAAGUGGAGUGGCCGCGAGAUUGAGAUAGAAUAUGGUCCGAAUGAAACCGUCUCGGACUUGAGGAACUCCAUAUAUCAACAAACCAAAGUUAAGCCUGAAAGGCAAAAAUUGUUAAAUUUAAAAUUUAAGGGCAAAACACCAGAAGAUUCAUGUAGCCUUUCUUCAUUGAAAUUAAAAUCAGGCUUUAAAAUUAUGAUGAUGGGUUCACUGGAAGAAGAAAUUGAAAAAGUUAACGUGGAACCUCAGGAUAUGCCAGAAGUUGUUAAUGAUCUCGAUAUUGAAGAGGAAGAAAUAGCUAUAGAGAACCAGGAAGUGUAUUUAGCUAAGAUUGAAAAGAGGAUUAAGGAUUAUGAAAUUAAAAUUCUAAAUGAGCUCCGUCCAGAAAAAAAGCUAUUAGUGUUAGAUAUAGAUUAUACUCUUUUUGAUCAUAGGUCAAGUGCUGAAACUGGAAAUGAGUUGAUGAGACCUUACCUGCACGAAUUCUUAACUUCAGCUUAUACUGAUUAUGAUAUAGUGAUUUGGUCUGCAACUGGAAUGAAAUGGAUUGAGGAAAAAAUGAAACUUUUAGGAGUGUCAUCUCAUAGUGCUUAUAAAGUUGCUUUCUAUUUAGAUUCUCUUGCUAUGAUCUCUGUUCACAUUCCUAAGUAUGGUGUUUUAGAUGUGAAACCUUUAGGUGUAAUAUGGGGCAAGUUUCCUCAGUUUUCCCCAAAAAACACAAUUAUGUUUGAUGAUAUAAGAAGGAAUUUUAUAAUGAACCCUAAGAAUGGACUGAGGAUACGCCCCUUUCGUCAAGCUCACUUAAACAGAGCUACUGAUCAGGAACUUCUAAAGUUAUCUAAAUAUUUGAAAGAUUUGGCACAAAAUUGUGAUGAUUUUUCAGCAGUUAACCACAGACACUGGGAAAGAUAUAAUCCCAAAAGAAGACGUUGACAUUUUAUUUUUUAAUAAAUUUGUUAAGAAAUGUGUUCUUUUACUUAAAUUAAAUUUUUGGGAAGCUA